AAAAGUGGCAGCCACAAUAAGAAAGGCAACGGUGCAAUCACCACCACGCUCAAAGUUUAAACUCCUACAACACUUGAUCAACAACGAUCGUGAAUAGGGCAAGAGAGUAAGCGAAACGAAGAGAAUAAUGCGCUGAGAAGGAACGAGCGGACCUGCGGUAUACGGUCGUUGCGUGAGUUUCCAUUAAUUUUCCGCAUUCGUCGCAGCCAUGGGCAGCCGUGGCCCACCACACGAGAGAUGCAACGUGCGUCGCCCAGGGCUCGGUGUAGUGGUGUGGUUCCGUUUGCUAGUGGCGAUGCAUAUAUAUGGGUGAGGCACUAGAGCGCCUUCUCCAGAUGAAUAGUCGCCUUCGUCGCCGUGGUCGUUCAUUCCAACGUUCAUUCCGCAAGUGCCAAUUGAACGAGCAGGUUGUGUGCCGCGUCGUCGAGCCGUAAUCAGUAUCAGCCGUAGAUCCAUUCCGUUGGUUUCGUUGCCGUUUUCGUAAAGGGCGAGCAAAAUAGACACUUCGGCUGCAUUUCACUGUUUGUUUAGGUUGCAGUGGUGAAACUAAAAGCCUUCCGUCGUAGUUGGGCUUUUCGCGAAGUCAGUGAAAUCUGUGCGUGGCUCUCCGUUCGAUACGCACGAUCGAAGACGCGUACUGUGCGUUGGACAGUGUUGUGAGCAUUGUUGAUAACACCGGAUAGCAGGGGGUGGUUAGUUGGAAGAGGGCUAUAGCCUUUAGCAACGUACGAUUGUAGUUGUGUGCGAUUGUUUCGCUGAAGUGAAGAGAGUGAGCGGGAGAGCUAGUAGUUAUCAGCGUCCAGCUGCGGAGAGUGUUUGUUGUUUCGUUUGAAACGGUUUGUUGUUACAGUGUGACGGAUCGCGCAGUGUUGCUGUUGCUUGUUGUUUAGUUAGAAGAGAGUGAAAACGACCAAAACCACGUCAAGAUGUCUGUCACUUGGGGAUAUACGCAAAUGAACGGACCCCAGAAGUGGCCGGAAAUGUUCCCGCAGGCACGGGGACAGCGUCAAUCGCCGGUCGACAUUGUUACUUCCAAAACGCAAAACUCGGGAGAUCUGCAGGAGAAUCCGCUCCGCUGGACGUACGUACCAGAGAACACGCGUAGCCUGGUCAAUCCGGGCUACUGCUGGAGGGUGGAUGUAAACGGCAAGGGUUCCAUGCUGACCGGGGGACCGCUGCAAAAGGAACAGUUCAUUCUCGAGCAGUUCCACUGCCACUGGGGAUGUUCGGAUUCGCGUGGCUCCGAGCAUACGGUGGAUGGUGAAUCGUUCGCCGGCGAGCUGCACCUUGUCCACUGGAACCAGAGCAAAUACAAGAGCUUCGCCGAGGCUGCUGGCCAUCCGGAUGGUUUGGCGGUCCUGGGUGUGUUUUUAAAGGUUGGCAAGCCGCAUCCGGAGCUGGAUAUUAUCGCUCGUUUGCUUCCGUUCAUCACUCACAAGGGCGAUCGCGUUACCCUAAACAAACCACUGGACCCGGCUCGUUUGCUACCGGAGGGUAAAGCCUACUGGACGUAUCUGGGAUCGCUAACGACUCCUCCGUGCUCGGAGUCCGUCACCUGGAUUCUGUUCAAGGAACCGAUCGAAGUGUCGCACGAGCAGCUGGAGCUUUUCCGCGAAAUGCGUUGCUACGAUGCUGCCGAAGAGUGUCCCUGCGACGAGACGCUCAACAAGCAGUUCGACUACGGCAAGGUCAUUAACAACUUUCGUCCACCGCUGGAGCUUGGCAACCGCCAGCUGCGUGAAGUCAAUAGCUACUAAGCAGUAUCAAAUCUUAAUUUCCCAACGGGUUUGAGCUUGAUAGCAAGAGUUCAAAGAACAGCAACAUUUAGGUGUGCGAGUGCGCCCGUGUCAAUGGUAGGAGCUGGUCGAUCUGUGACCGACCCAUGUUAGUGCAAAGCGCGGUACGUUCGAGGUUCGCUUAUGGUAAUCGUGUUUUAAAUUAGAUUCAUUUGGCCGACGCAAACAGUGUGGAUGUAUAAAACGUAGAGCAGCAACAGGAAGUUCUCAAUUUGGGUCUCUUACCUUGUUUUGCCAGUGAAAUGGGUAACGAUCACAAUCCGUGCCGAAAACUUGAGUUUUCGUAAUGUUAAACCGCAGAGAACAAUGACGCUGUAAUAGAACGUGCAAAACAAGAAUGCAAACAAUUGGAACAAGAUGAAAGCAAUAUUUAUAUGAUUUAUUCCACAAAACGAAAAUUGAACAUUUUUACCUAAGAUGAGUGAAGAAAUAAUUAAUAACGAGACGGUUUAGGUUAUUAAUUUCAAUUAAUGCAGCAAAACACUAUGUAUUUUUCUACACGAUGCAAAGGAAAUACUUUAAUUCUAAUCGAUGAAAUGUGUUUUCAGUUGAGCCUGUACGUACAAAACAAACACAGCCUGGCGAGUAUAGUAUUGUUGAAUAUGCAAUUGAGUAAAGAAAUGUACGCAUUGCAAUAGCGUAUAGUGAGUAGUAUAUACGCUGUGCGAUAUCCAUCAGGUAAGUCGACAAGUUAACAAAAUACGUGUAGUACUCUCAAGAUCGAAGUGCAAUAAACGUCUUACAAGAGGGAAGCAAUCCGGUAUAAAAGGGUUUGUCGCGGUAGAAUAAACAUUGUUACUUGUUUUUUGAAAAGUUUAAGUUCAGUUGGAUAGAGAUGCAUGCGCUGCUAUACAAUCUUGUUAAAUAUGCAAUAAAAUAGUGUUAAAAAAGGGAA